AUGGCGACUCGUCUUCAGUUUGAGAACAAUUGUGACAUUGGUGUCUUCUCCAAACUCACUAAUGCCUAUUGCUUAGUCGCUAUAGGUGGCUCUGAGAACUUUUACAGUGCUUUUGAGACGGAGCUAGCAGAUGCUAUCCCUAUUGUUAAGACAUCUAUUGAUGGAACCAGAAUUAUCGGGCGUCUUUGUGCUGGAAACAAAAAUGGGCUUCUUGUGCCUCAUACAACCAAUGACCAAGAGCUUCAGCACUUGAGGAACAGUCUACCUGAUUCAGUUGUGGUCCAGCGAAUCGAGGAGCGUCUCUCUGCUCUUGGUAAUUGCAUUGCCUGCAAUGACCAUGUUGCUCUUGCUCACACCGAUCUUGACAAGGAAACCGAGGAAAUCAUAGCGGAUGUUCUUGGUGUUGAAGUUUUCCGUCAGACUAUUGCAGGCAACAUUCUCGUAGGCAGCUACUGCGCCUUAUCCAACCACGGUGGAAUUGUCCAUCCUCACACAUCAGUGGAAGAUUUGGAUGAACUCUCAACGCUUCUUCAAGUCCCUCUCGUUGCAGGAACCGUGAACCGAGGUUGCGAAGUCAUUGGUGCUGGUAUGACCGUUAAUGACUGGACUGCUUUCUGCGGCACAGACACAACGGCGACGGAGCUCUCUGUUAUGGACAGCAUCUUCAAGCUAAGGGAAGCCCGACCCACCUCUAUUGUCGAGGAGAUGAGGAAGUCUUUGAUCGAUACCUAUGCUUAA